UGGCUGCUUUUUUUUUUUUUUUUGCUUGCAGGCGCUCUGAGGUUCAGUCUCCUUUCCCUCGCUUGUAGCAGCAUAGACAUUUCCCGGGCCUACUUGGAUGCUUGCAUGGCGAGGCAGUAUGCGUUUUGUUUAGGAUUUGGGGCAGUGAGCGGAGAGGGUGGGCCCCCAGGGCCUAGCUGCUCUAAUUCAGAAUAUAGCACUAGAUUCCUCGUUCCUCUUGUGGUGCUCAAAGAAGUGGAGAAUUGAUUUAUUGGAUUUGGUAACAUGGCAAAAGAUGCUGGCCUAAUUGAAGCUAAUGGAGAACUGAAGGUUUAUAUAGACCAGAAUCUUAGUCCUGGAAAAGGUGUUGUUUCAUUAGUAGCUGUUCACCCUUCCACAGUGAAUACACUUGGAAAACAGCUCCUGCCGAAAACAUUUGGACAGUCUAAUGUCAAUAUUGCACAACAAGUGGUUAUUGGUACGCCUCAGAGACCUUCUGCCCCCAAUACUAUACUAGUAGGAAGUCCACACACACCUAAUACACACUUUGUAUCACAGAACCAGACAGCAGAUUCUUCACCUUGGUCUGCUGGGAAGCGAAAUAAAAAAGGGGAAAAGAAUGGCAAAGGUUUGCGGCAUUUCUCUAUGAAGGUUUGCGAAAAGGUGCAGAGGAAAGGAACUACUUCCUAUAAUGAGGUCGCAGAUGAACUGGUUGCAGAGUUCAGCACUGCAGAUACCCACAUCUCUCCAAAUGAAUCGCAGGCUUAUGAUCAGAAGAAUAUUAGGCGCCGUGUCUAUGAUGCCUUAAAUGUCCUUAUGGCCAUGAAUAUUAUUUCCAAGGAGAAGAAGGAAAUCAAAUGGAUUGGCCUACCUACUAAUUCAGCUCAGGAAUGUCAGAAUUUAGAGGUGGAGAAACAGAGAAGACUUGAAAGAAUAAAGCAAAAACAGUCACAGCUACAAGAACUAAUUCUUCAGCAAAUUGCCUUCAAGAAUCUUGUUCAGCGAAACCGUCAAGCAGAACAGCAGGCAAAUAGACCACCAGCAUCCAAUUCUGUGAUUCACCUGCCGUUUAUCAUUGUGAACACCAGCAAGAAGACUGUGAUUGACUGCAGCAUUUCUAAUGACAAGUUUGAGUACUUGUUUAAUUUUGACAAUGCAUUUGAAAUACAUGACGAUAUAGAAGUGUUAAAGCGCAUGGGAAUGGCUUUUGGGCUGGAAUCUGGAAGUUGUUCACCAGAAGACUUAAAAAAUGCAAGAAGCUUAGUUCCCAAAGCUCUUGAACCAUAUGUGACAGAAAUGGCUCAGGGAUCAAUCAGCAGUGUCUAUGUCUCGUCCUCAUCAGGGUCUGCUUCAAAUGGCACAAGAUUUUCUAACAGUGACUAUUCAAAUGGAGGCGACGGGGUGUUGGCUACAAGCUCCAAUGGAUCGCAAUACAGUGGCUCCAGAGUCGAGACGCCUGUGUCUUAUGUUGGGGAUGACGAUGACGAUGAAGACGACGAUUUUAAUGAGAACGAUGACGACGACUGAUGCGUUUUGGUUGUAGACUUUUUUUAAUGUUUAAAAUUCAGCAAGCUUCAGGAAUAAAUUCUAGGAAGAGAAUUGUUAAAAUUGCCCCACCAAGGAGAUACUGGUAAGAGCCCUGAAUUUAGAAACCGCACCUCCAGUAAAGUAAGCCAAUUGUUUGUUUUUAUGUAGGUUUUUUUAUAUGUGGUGAGGAUGUGUGUGUUGAUACCGGUGUGUUAAUGCAGAACAUUUAUUUACCCUUGCUUAGGAUUUUUAACUUGAAGGAAAAUGCGUUUUUGCCCCUAAGUGUUACUGCUAAGUUUGAAAAUGUAGCCACAUGAAUGGAAAAUAAAAUCUGUCCACCUGUCAAAAAUGCAUACACUGAAUGGCAUUUUAUUUAGAGUACAUUUAGGUGAUGCUUCAAACUGAAGUAUAGCAGCAAAAAAAAAAAGUUUGCUGAUCAUGCAGAGUCCAAAGAAACAAACACAAGAGAGCCUCCUUUAAAUGUUAAUUUGCAAAAAUAGUAUGAAUUUAUUUCCCUUUUUAAAAUUUUUACUGAUCAUUGUAUUUCCAUCUAAUUUAUAUAUUGUGUUUGCUGAAUGUUAGGACACAUGAGUUAAAAGGUUUGGCAAAUGUUUACUGCCAAGCCGGUGCAGCUGUGUAAAUGUCUUGAAGGUUUGAAAUGCGUUUUGCUUAUGAUGAAAAUUUGCCUGAUUUGUUACAGGUAGAUUUUGAAAACAAUUUGUUAUAUAGCUGUUUACAUACCAAUAAGUCUAUCAUAUAAAGACAUGUACUGAAACAAAUGUUUAUAUUUGUUUCUUAAGCAUCUUCCAAUAAUCUUACUAUAAAGUUGAAAUUAAAUAUAGAAAAUGUUUUAUGUUUAACUCAAAAUUUGUCAAUCAUUUUAAUACUUCAUUUUUAAUAAAAAAAUCAGGGCAGGUGGUCGUCUUUUUAAACCUAUUCACAAAGAAUUAACUGCACAAAUACUGUCAGCUGCCUGUUCUAAGACAGUAGUCUUUUUAUUGAAACACAAAUAAACUUUUCUGUAAUAUUUUAUGGAAUAUAAGCAGUUUGUUUUACUUGUUUAACUGUGGCACUAUUAGUUUUUAUUAAUAAAAUGCGCGUGGGCGUUUUUAACAA